AUGAGCACCCAAAGUCCGUUAAAAAAGAUCAUAAAAGAGCUGGUGGCAGGAAAGGAUAAGCUUCUGCUGGAAACAGAGAAAGAUCCACAAAACGGCAAUGUGAAGCUGGAGGAAGACGGCGAUCAUGCGCUCCUUUCAGAUCCAGAGGAUUACUUGGAGGAGAAUGAAUCUUUAGACAUGAACUUGACCCGUGGCAACCAAAAGGUAUGGCUCGUGAAGUUACCUCGGUACUUGGCGGAGAGGUGGACAAAUCCUGCCAAUUUGAACGGGCAGCAGUUGGGCCAAGUGAAAAUUAGACAGAACAACAAGCCCGUCAACGGCAAAAAGAAGCUAGAAGUUAAGCUUGUAUUAAACGACUCUCCUGAAACAGAAGAUAUCCCCCACGAAUACGACUUGUCCAUUCUUAACACCCAAGUUCACAACUCAUAUGUGUUUAGCGAAGAAAACUUGAAAAGAUUUAAACAGGAGGUGACAGAAAUAGGCGAUAUGCCCGACCAACCCGAAUUACCCGAAUUAGACAAGAACGAGUCUCCUAGAAGACCGAACAAGUUCUUCCGUGUGCAGAAAAACGGCCCCGAUGGCGAAAAGAAGUACAUUCCAUUCGUUAAAACCAUCCCAAAGAAAACCAAUUUGGUCGGCAAAAUCGUCCACGACUGCCAAAUCGUGCCCCUGAAGAACGAUUCGAGAUACGCACAGAUGUUGUUGAAGCGCCAGAAUAUGCCAUUGACGCAAGAACGACCUAAGGUGACGUUUUUGAAUGAGAUUCCGGGAGUGGUACAGUCUCAAGCAGGCCCCUCUCUUACAGGUAAGAGCACGUCACUUUUCCUCAAGUCAACAACUGGCCCAAAGAGCAAGACAGAGGGUCGUGCUAUCAGAAUGCCCAAGAAAGAUUUAUUGGAUUUGCUUUUCAGGCUUUUCGAGGAGUAUGAAUAUUGGUCUAUGAAAGGGUUGAAGGAACGAACCAGACAACCAGAAACAUACUUGAAGGAAUCAUUAGAGUCAAUUGCGAACCUUAACAAAAAGGGUCCUUACACGUCCAAGUAUAACUUGAAGCCAGAAUAUAAAAGAUUGAGAGACGCAGAAAGAGCCGCUCGUCUCGGAGCAGUGGUUGGGGAUGAUGGUAAUGACGAAGACAAUAAAGAUGAAGAUGACGACAUUGAAAUGGAGGAUGUCAUUUGA